AGAUGGAAAGACGAAUAUCUUGAGUGGAAUCCAGAGGAAUACCCUGGAAUUAAGGAUAUAAAAAUCCCAUCUGACUUAAUAUGGCUACCAGACUUAGCUCUCUACGACAAUGCAUACGAAGAUUAUCGAGGCAUUAUGGGUGGUCAGCUAACUGUUGUCUAUCCAAGUGGUGACGUCAUGUGGGCAGCACCACUCAUACUCACCAGUAAAUGUCAGAUUGACGUUACGUAUUUUCCUUUUGACAAACAACAAUGUCGUAUGAAAUUUGGUCCUUGGCAGUAUGAGGGGUCAGAGGUCAAUAUGAGUGGUGGAGGUAACACAUCAGUGUUCGAAAGUGAUGGAGAAUGGGAAAUGGAGCAUUUAUCGGCGAAAGCAAACACGGAAUUUUACCCAGACGCCCCAGGAAUUCCCUACACCGACAUCACAUAUACAGUGUACCUACGACGAAGACCCAUCUAUUACGUGUUCAAUUUGAUAACGCCAUGUGGACUGUUUUCAUUGGUUACUAUUCUUAGCUUUUUAAUACCAGCUGAAUCCGGUGAGAAAAUCACUCUGGGUAUCACCGUCUUGUUAUCGCUGACGGUGUUUUUGUUGUUGGUAGCAGAGACGACACCGCCAUGCAGUACUAUACCCUUAAUAGGACAGUACUAUGCUGCUACCAUGGUGAUGGUCACGUUAUCUCUUGGCAUGUCCGUCACAGUUCUCAACCUCCAUUACUGUGGGUCAGAGAGGGCGCCAGUACCAGAUAAAGUACGCAAAUUAGUGUUCGGCCAUCUUGAAAAGAUUCUACGUGUUAGAAGCAAAUAUUCAACGAAGUGCCCUCCUCUCUCACGGAUUACCACCGAAGCUGGAGUAUGUGUGAUACCCCGGAUGUUGAAGGAAAUAGACUGUGCAAUACUUAAGGCAUGUGCACUGCACGCCCACGCACUUAGAAAUAAACAUACAAACUCACAUAGCCAACUGCAGGACAGACGGAACAGUAAACGAGAAAAAGGUGUCACAAGUGGACCGGAUGACCACCUUCUAUUUCAUUUGCUUCACGAGUUUCGAAAAAUCGCCAUUCAUUUUGAAAAUAGGAACCGUCGAGAAAACGCGACAAACGAAUGGAAGAGAUUGGCAGUUGUGAUCGACAGACUGUUUAUGGUGGUGUAUAUUAUCGGAACUAUCUCUACUAUAUUGAUAAUAGUGUUUCAAAUAGGCUAG